AUGGCGGAAUCAACUCCCUCGAAGCCCGUCCACACGAUCGUCCUCGAUGCCGGUCCCAUUCUGAAGAACAACCCCCCGCUUUCUACCCUAUUGUCGCGAUGCGAAGAACUCGUCACCACACCGUCAGUUGUCGGUGAAAUCCGUGAUCCCGAUGCGCGCCAGCGCUUCGAAACCAUGUAUCUACCGUUCGUCAAGCAACGCACCCCGUCCCCGAAAAGUUUCGCUGUGCUGAGCGAGUUUGCGAGAAAGACUGGCGAUCGGGCUGUGCUGAGUAAAGUUGAUGUCGAAGUCCUGGCUCUCGCAUAUGAACUUGAGUGCGAGAGGAACGGUGGUGACUGGAGACUGCGUAGCGUGCCCGGGCAGAAGCGGGUUAACGGCAAGCCUCCUGUUAAACCAGCCGAACAGCAAGAGGAACAGCACCCCGAAGAUGCUGCGAAGACGGACGAAAACGCAGAAAAGUCCGUAGAGGAGGUUACCGAGGAUCUCAAAGCUACGACACUUGAGACCAAGGAGGAGGAAACGAAGACGGAUAACCCGACGGAGACAGAGCCUGAGGCGACGGAAACUAGUCAGGUAGAGGUAUCGGCUUCUCAAGAUCCUCAGAAUGAAGAUGUGACCGGAGAAGUGGAGGAUGGGGCGGCUUCUGAAUCAGACGGUGAAGAGUGGAUUACCCCAUCAAACCUGAAGAAGCGGCAGGCCCGUGACGAGGCCGGCUCAGCAACAGCCGCUCAAGAGGUCAAGGUCAUGCAAGUCGCUACAAUGACGACUGAUUUUGCGUGCCAAAAUGUGCUGCUGCAAAUGAACCUGAACCUCCUAUCCACAGCUACCCUGCAAAGAAUCUCACACCUAAAGUCAUUCAUUAAACGCUGCCACGCGUGCUUCUCGACGACCAAAGACAUGAACAAACAAUUUUGCCCGCGCUGUGGUGGAGAUACUCUCACCCGUGUGUCAUGUACCACCGAUUCCAGCGGGCAGUUCAAAAUGCACCUGAAGAAGAACAUGCAAUGGAACAACAGGGGCAAUGUGUUCAGCGUCCCCAAGCCUAUUCAUGGCAGCGCCAACGGGAAGUGGAAAGGUGGUGGCGGUAAAGGUGGCUGGGGCACGGAGCUGAUUCUCGCUGAAGACCAAAAAGAGUAUGUCAGAGCUACUGCGGAACAGAGCCGAAAGCUCCGUCGGGAACGAGACUUGAUGGAUGAAGAUUACCUUCCUGGUAUCCUGACUGGAGAACGUAAUAAGCAGACCGGUCGUAUUAGGGUUGGAGCCGGCAGGCACGUCAACUCUCGAAAGCGAUGA